GUGUGUGUGUACAAUUUUGAUGACCAGCAUUGCACACAACAAUACCGCUCAAGAUUACCUAACAAUGAUGACCACAACACUCCAUGCAAUUGCCACGUAAAACAGGUGCAACUUUUCGUUAUGUACAUGAAUGGAGAGAACCUAUGACAGAUCCAUAAAAUGUCCACCACUACAGACAGCCUUCAAAAUGUCGGAUGGCGCUUUCGGAGGAAAGCCCUCAUCCUCGCUGCGUUGGGCCUAAUCGCCUUCACGGCCUACUCGAUGAGCUCCUUUGGUGACAAGGCGAGUGACGCCGAGGUCAUCACAACAAACUCUCACAACAAGGCAUUCCAGGCGGAGGGAAACGGAAUUACGGGUACUGUUGGGACAAGGCUGCAAAAAACGCGGCUGCGAUUAGUAGCCAAGCCUGUUGAUCGACAGCUUGUUCGGGCGCAGUCCCUCGAGGACAGCCCCACUGAGGAGGACCUCAGCAGCUCCUCGAGUAGCGACGGUACCGAGGAUUAUGAGGAGGACGAGGAGAAGGAAACUCCGCCCCUAAGACUGGAGGGCGAGCAGAAGAGGCGGCUUCCAAAGGCUAUCAUUAUUGGGAUUAAGAAAGGUGGAACCAGGGCCCUCCUUGAGUUCCUCCGGGGAAACCCUCAGGUGGUGGUAAGCGGGAAGGAGCUGCACUUCUUUGAUCGACACUUUGACAGAGGCAUGGAUUGGUACAGAAAAGCAAUGCCGUACUCUUACCCGAGUCAGAUCACCAUGGAGAAAACCCCUUCCUACUUUGUCAGCGAUGAGGCACCAGUCCGUAUCAAACGCAGCUUAGGACAGGACACCAAAUUCCUGGUGGUCUUCCGCAACCCCGUCCUACGAGCGGUCUCCGAUCACGCCCAGUCCCUCAGCAAAGGUAAGAAUACGCCGUUCGAGGAGAAGGCCAUGCUGAACUACAAUAGCUGCAAGGUAGACAGCAGAUGGAGUGCAAUACAAAUCGGCCUUUAUGCCCAGUAUCUGGAGAACUGGCUCAAGUAUUUCCCACUCAAACAAUUUCUGUUUGUGAACGGAGAGAACCUGGUGAAGACCCCUGGACGAGAGAUGGAGAAGGUCCAAGAGUUCCUGCAGAUCCGGAAAACCAUCACCGAGAAAUCAUUUGUCUUCAACGCGACAAAGGGAUUCCCAUGCUUGAAGGUGGUCGGGGAGAAAGACGUGAAGUGUCUCGGGGAGAACAAAGGGCGCCCUCACCAGAGGGUUGAUACACGUGUCUUGCAUUGCCUGGAAGAGUUUUUCAGACCGCACAAUGAGAAAUUCUACAAAAUGACGGGAAUCAACUUCCAUUGGGACGACGAAACGAUUUCAAAACAUGCAAGGUUAUGAAAAUGUCAAGUUGUUUUUCAUGUUCAAUGUGUCCAAGGGGAUAGUACCACAGUUUCUCUACAUGCAAAUUGAAAAUUAAAGGUUUCCCCACCUUACCUUAAAAUUCUUGAUGAGACCCUUAAGAACUCACGUUGCCUUCGCCGAGGUCACACACCGAAAACACGCUCGACUGUGAACACCACGCACAACCAUUAGCCAAUCAUGGCUGAUUAAUUUGAUCUCAGUGAGGCCACUGUUUCGACCAAUGUACAUGUAAAUAUGUUUGACUGUAAACACCUAGCGAAACACUCAGCCAAUCGUGGUUGUUUAUUUGACCUCUGUGAGGUCGCUAUUUCGAACAACGAAAACAUGGUUUACUUUGAACACCUAGCAAAACUAUCAGACAAUUAUGGUUGUUCCUAAGACCUCAUCGAGGGCGCUGUUAUAGCUUGUGACAUCAUAAUCAUUUAUGCAAAAGGGUCGUUUGAAUCGGUGCCUCGUGUAAAGAAUCCGUGGUGAAGACUAUGCAUUACUGACUCCAUUCAAAGAGGUCUAGUUACCAGACUUUGGUGGAGUCUGUGCAGUUUGAAAUGUAUGCAGUGUAAAACAUUCUAUUUUGUGAAUGUUUAAUUGUUUAAGAGAAGAGGAACAGCAUUGGUAAUUCAUAAAAGAGGGAUUAAUUUUUUUAAUUAUGAAUUACACAAUGGAAUCCUAGUAUUCAAUAACUCCCAUAAAUUAAUCAGGCCUUAUAUGAUGAUGAAUUUUCUAGAGUCAGUUGUUUCCAAGAGAACAAGUUGUCUUGUCUUCAAAGCUUUAAAUUACGAACAAGCACAUCAGAAUGACAAUAACAGAAGCCUUGCUUUGAAUAAGGUUUCUCAGUCCCUGCUCGACUGUGUGGAAUUUCCCUAUCGGGUUUUUCCUCCCACAUCUAAAACUGGAUUUUCUUCAUUUUCUUUUUAACAAAAAGUUGGUGUGAUGU